GGCCUCCGUAGUCCCCGUCUGCCUCUCGUUUUGUCCCCCGCGUGGUCGGUCAUGGCGGUGUUGUCUGUCCCUGUCCGUUUCUCCUUGUCCUUGUUUCCGUUAGCCGGCUUUGGCUGUUUUGUCCCGCGAUCUCCUCGGCCCUCCUUGUCCUUACUGUGUCGCUGGCCCGUGAUGUGCUGCACUGAACUCGGCGACUGUCGCUUCGCCCACGCCACCUUUUCAGUCCGGGCUGGUCGCCUGCCCGACUUUCCCACCGCGUCGCCCCGCGCGCGGACGCCGAUCUACAAGGUGAGUGUUGGUGUGCGCGCGUGCAGUGCCAGCUUCGCUGUUUUGCCUUCACCAGCCCGUAGCCAUUGUGACCCUACGGAAGCAAGAGCUCCAUUCCAAGAGCCCCGCGCGGCAGCCGAGUCUGAGGCCAUGAAGCAGAAGGCCACCGUGAGCGUCUCCCGCCGCAAGUCGAGGAAGGCGUACUUCACGGCCCCCUCGCAUAUCCGCAGGAAGCUGAUGAGCGCCCCCCUGUCCAAGGACCUCCGCGCCAAGUACUCGGUGCGCUCCCUGCCCAUCCGCCGCGACGACGAGGUGAUGAUCGUCCGCGGGCACUACCACGACCGCGAGGGCAAAGUGACGCAGGUCUACCGCAAGAAGUGGCGGAUCCACAUCGAGCGGGUGACGCGGGACAAGGCCAACGGGCAGACCGUGCCGAUCGGCAUCCAUCCCUCCAAGGUCACGAUCACCAAGCUGAAGCUCGAUAAGGACCGCAAGGCGCUGCUGGACAGGAAGGGCGGCAAGGGGAAGAAGGGCACCAAGUACACGGACAAGGACAUGGAGAAGUGAGCGAGGGCCGCGCGCGCCUCGCGCGGUCCGCUCUUGCUGCGCCUGCCGUGGGCGCCCCUCCGGAAAAGGGUUGCGUCGAGCACAGGGAGG